AUGGAAGAAUAUAGGGUGACCGAAUAUUCAAAUAACAAUUCUAUUGAAUCAGAAGGAUCAUUUCAAUCAUUACCUCCACCAUCAAUGGAAAUGGAUAUUGAAAAAAGUAUUGGUGGAUGUCGUGUAAAGGUACAAUCUCAAGUUGGUUAUAAUUAUGUUAAAAGAGUAUAUGUUUUAAGGCUAAAAGUAACUGAUAUGAUAAUGUAUAAAGGAAAUGGGUUAUUAAAAUACCCUCAAAAAAUUGACAUACUCUUAUCACAUGAUAUUUUUGAGAAAAUUAUUAAACCCAAAGGAUUGAAAGAAUGUUUAUUAUUUUAUAAUUCAACAAAACAUUGCCAUCAGGAGGUUGAGUUAGUGGAUGUUGAUGAUUAUGUUAUUGUAACAAAAGAAGGUGAAAGUUUACCUAGUUAUGCAUUUUAUUCAACAACAUUACACCCAAAAGCUUAUGAAUUUUUUUUUGAAUUUCGUCUUAAAUACCUCCUUCAAUAUUGGUGUAAAGAAAAUGAUAUUAGCACUCAUAAAUCAAUUGGUACAAUUUCUUAUUGUCCAAGAAAAGGUAGUAGUUCAAUAUUAGUACAAAUAUUAUAUAAAAUACAACUUUCACGUAGUAAAAAAGUUAUUCGUGUAUGGGAUGGUAGUGUUUUUAAGAAAGGAGUUCUUGUUAAAAUGACAACUGAUGAAAAUAAACUUGAAAAAUUAGGUUUUGUAACAAAUGAUACAAAUCCAGAAAUGAAAGAUGCAUAUAAUUUUGGUACAGAUUUAUGUAAAUAUUGUGUUGAUAUAGUAAUUCCACAAAAACUUUACUUAGAGAUAUGGGAUAAAAUUAAACCUGGUGAUUGGAUAUUAUUUAAAAAUAUUUCUUCUUUUGAAACAUAUAAACAUAAUGUAAAAUUUCUUUUAUCAGAGGAAAAUAAAAAAGAAAAUACUUUACAAAUAUAUACAUUAGAAGAAUUAGCACCUUUCUCUAAACAACUUAGUGCAUUAGCAUUUGCCAUUCAACGUAAAUCAUUAUAUUAUAAUUGUUUAAAAAUUUCUCUUAAUAUUUUUGAUAUAAAGAAUUUGAAUGAAGAGUUAUAUGUUGAGGAUAAUUUUGAAAAUCAGUAUAGAAAUGUUAAUGAAUCUCCAUCUAAUUUUCCUUAUUUACCAAUUUCUGGUGAUACUAAUCCAGCUCAAGAAGGAACAAAUAGUCUAUUAAAUAGUUUUUUUACAAAUUUACAUGAACAGACAACUAGUGAAAUUGUUGAUUCAAAAAGUCCUAAAUCAUCAUCAUGUUCUUUAGUCUCUAUUCAAUCAGCAGGAAAAAAGAAACAAUUUUAUGGUGUUGAGGAAUUUAUGAUAGGAUCUACAGCAUUUGUAAAAAAUCAUAAAAAAUUACUAAUAGAAAGUAUGAAAAUUUUAGAAGACAAAACAUUAACAAUAAUAUUAUGUUAUUUAUUAACAUCACGUGGUAGGACAUCAAUAACAAUAAGUAUGGUACCAGAAAACAAUAAAAACAUUGAAAUAUUUGAACUUUUAUAUCGUCAUAUCUCAGAUAUCUUUGAAAAUAAUUUAUCAAAUUUUAAAAAAGAAGCUUUUUCUAAAGGUAAUGGUGGUGAUUUUAAUUAUGAAAUAAUAUUUAAACUAAAAGAUGAUCUUAAUUCUUCCAAUCCAAUGGAAAUUUUUAUUAAUUUUAAUGCUAAUAUUAAAAAAGUUACAUCAAUAAGAGUUGAUAUUGAUGAUGAAGUUAUUAAUUAUGAACCUGUUAGUAAAAAAUCUAAAUCAUAG